AUGCAAUUUUUUUUGGUGCCUGAUCAUCGAGCUCAACCAACAUCAUGUGAUAUUGCUGCUUCGGCUACGAUUUUCAAAAUUCGUCGUUCACUAAAUAAUAGAGAUUUGGAUGUUAUUUGUAAAUUAGCGAGUGCAUUGAAUGUACAAGAUGUUCCAAAAAGUAUGAGAGAAAUUCAAGAAAAAUUACAUUCUAAUAUCGAUUUAAAAGCGUAUUUUAAAUGGUAUCAUAUUUGUACCGAAUGUAGAGAAUCAAAUGUGAAAGAUAUUAUUAAGUGUGAGGCAUGCGAUAAUGCAAAAUGA